AAAAUUAUAUUUCUUACAAUAAAUACAUUAUUCUAUUGUCGCAUCUCAUUUUUCAUUGAUACGCGACACUUCUUCCCUUCCCUCACUCAUUCACAGCGCAGCUCCUACCCACCACCGUCCGCCACCGUUCCUCCCCUUCUCUCGUUUCAGUGAAGUGAAUUGCUACAAUGGUGGAGUCACUCCUUGAAGAUAUCUUUAGGGUUGAGAAAGUCAACCCAGAUGACAAAAAAUUAUUUGAAAAAGUGACACGCAUUGAAGCAAGAAGUGAAAAGUUUGACAUGUUUAUGCAACUGGACAUAAAUUCUGAGCUAUAUCCCUUAAAGAUGGGACAGAAAUUUUCUCUUGCACUGGUUCCAACACUCAAUCCUGAUGGCACCCCAGAUACUGGCUACUAUAAUCCGGGUAAUCGGCAAUCAAUUGCUGAUAACUAUGAAUAUGUCAUGUAUGGAAAGCUCUACAGAGUAACAGAGGGUUCAGGAGGGCGUGAAAAAGCGGAGUUGAAUAUUUCUUUUGGCGGGCUUCUGAUGCUGCUGAAGGGAGAUCACUCUCAUUUCAACAAGUUUGAGCUUGAUCAAAGGUUGUAUCUUCUGAUGAGGAAAGUCUGAAGAUCAAGUUAAAACCAAGGGUGAAGAAAGCUUGUUUCUAACAUCAAUGUAUGGCAGACUUGUUUACCGUUUGUAAUUCUAAUGCGGGUUUUCACUACCUGAUGAUGAUUUAAAACAAAUAUUUGGUAACCUUGAAGUAACUUCUGGCAGAAAUUAUCUACAAAAAAAUGUAAUUUGGGUGAUACCAGACCAAUGAUUGCAGCAUGACUAUCUAGUUUGUGGAUUGGUUUCUAGUAAAUAAAUUUUAGUUAAGAUAAAUGUCUGAUAAA